CUGCGGGGGGCCCAAGAAGGACGGCGGCCAUCUUGCGCGCAGCCAGAGUCGGACUCUGAGCCUGCGACCGGCCGCGUCCGGGAACGCCUAUCCCUGCUCUUCUACGGGAGAACCUCGCCGCGGCCCCACGAGAGCUUUAGUCCGUCGCGUCCCUGCACCCGGCCUCAGUCCGGCCCUUCGAUCCUCUGCCCGGCCCGGUCAGGCCUCGCCACGGGGUCACGCGCGGCCGCCCCGAGGACGAUGAACGGAGGAUAAAUGGUGCCUAAGGCAGACAGCGGUGCCUUCUUGCUGCUCUUCCUGCUAGUGCUCACCGUCACCGAGCCCCUGCGACCAGAGCUGCGGUGUAACCCUGGGCAGUUUGCCUGUCGCAGUGGUGCCAUCCAGUGCAUCCCCCUCUCUUGGCACUGUGACGGCUGGCCAACUUGUGAGGAUGAGAGCGACGAAGUCGACUGUCCAGAAGUAACCAGGGAGUCACGGCCUUACCAUGGGAAGGAGUCUGUGGACCUGCGACAGGGAAGAGCCAGAGGGGGUGACCCUACGCACUUCCAUGCAGUGAAUGUGGCGCAGCCUGUCCGCUUCAGCAGGAAGUGCCCAACAGGAUGGCACCACUAUGAAGCCAGCUGUUACCGGGUCUACCUGAGUGGGGAGAACUACUGGGAUGCUGCACAGACCUGCCAGCGUGUGAAUGGCUCCCUUGCCACCUUCUCUACUGACCAGGAGCUGCGCUUUGUCCUGGCCCAAGAAUGGGAUCAGCCCGAACUGGUCCCAUUUGGUUGGAAGGACCAGCGCAAGCUGUGGGUUGGCUAUCAGUAUGUUGUUACUGCCCGGAACCCCUCCUUAGAGGGUCGAUGGGAGGUGGCAUUCAAAGGCUCCUCAGAGGUGUUCCUGCCCCCAGACCCCACCUUUGCAUCAGCCAUGUCUGAGAAUGACAACGUGUACUGCGCCCAACUACAGUGCUUCCACUUUCCGACACUGCGGCAUCACGACCUGCACAGCUGGCAUGCUGAGAGCUGCUAUGAGAAGUCCUCCUUUCUUUGUAAAAGAAGUCAAACGUGUGUCGACAUCAAGGACAACGUGGUGGAUGAAGGCUUCUAUUUCACCCCCAAAGGGGAUGAUCCAUGCUUGAGCUGCACCUGUCAUGGAGGGGAGCCUGAGAUGUGUGUGGCCGCCCUCUGUGAGGGUCCCCAGGGCUGUCAGCAGUACCGAAAGGAGCCUAAGGAGUGCUGCAAGUUCAUGUGUCUGGACCCAGAUGGCAACAACCUGUUUGACUCCAUGGCCAGCGGUAUGCGCUUGGUGGUCAGCUGCAUCUCCUCCUUCCUCAUCCUCUCACUGCUGCUUUUCAUGGUCCACCGGCUGCGCCAGAGGCGCCGAGAGCGCAUCGAGUCCCUGAUUGGAGCAAACUUGCACCACUUCAACCUUGGCCGGAGGAUACCUGGCUUUGACUAUGGCCCAGAUAGGUUCGGCACAGGCCUUACCCCACUCCAUCUUUCUGAUGAUGGGGAAGGUGGGACUUUCCACUUCCACGAUCCUCCGCCUCCCUACACAGCUUACAAGUACCCGGAUAUCGACCAGCCUGAUGACCCACCACCACCCUACGAGGCCUCCAUCAACCCGGACAGUGUGUUCUACGAUCCUGCAGAGGACGAUGCCUUUGAUCCUGCAGAGGCUAGCCCACCGACCCCAGGGGAUGGUAGCAGUGAAGGCACAUUGCCUCAGUGCCUGGAACAGCCUCUUCCCCCUCCGGGGACCUCACUGGCAGACCUGGAAGAUUCUGCAGACAGCAACAGUGCCCUGCUCAUGCCCUCUGACCCUUCCCAAAGUGGCAACACCCCAGCUGCAGAGGAAUCACCAGGAGGUGGCCGUCCCAGUCUUGGCUCCCUCAAUACUGUGGUAUAGACAGCCCAGCCCAUGACUCCUGUGGGCUGAGAGUACCUGUUCGCUGUCGAGAAGACACUAGUCCCUGUGGGACGCUUGAAGGGGCCCUGCUGCAGCCUGGACCCUGCUCCACUGCCGCACACCCACCAGCUGGUGUGCAUGUAUAUAGAGAGACCGCAGCUGCCUCUUUGCAAGGGGCAAGCACCCGUAACCAAGUUUCCUUGAGGGCUUUACAGACAUGCAUAGCUUUGGGUCAGUGUCUCUUUAAAUGGGAGAAGAAUGACAGUGUGUGCCCACACCACACAUUUCAGGAGGAGGGAAGAACAGGCACUAUGGGAACAGAAGGCCCUGGGGGUGGGGCUGGAGCCAUCUGUGAACAGUUAUGACUAGUGAGGCAGUGGGUAUGCCUCCAGGGAGACAGCCUUGAAUGUGCUACAUUAGCUGUUCUGGGAGUGGCCCCUCCAGGUCUAUGUGUGAACAUCAGAGAUCAAGGCCCUGAGAAGGAGGUUGAAAACUUCUUUCAGAAAGCCCAGCUGUGUGACAAAGAGGCCUCUCCCCAACAUUGUGCAUGGCUCCCCUGGGAGUAGGGUCUGGACCCUCCCCAUUGAAGAAAUGGGGUCAAACUGUUACCUUUCCCCAUCUUCUGGUACCCAUUCCCUCCACCCCCCUGUUGAAUGGCCCUUGGGUCUGGUCUGCUCUCACCCCACCUUUGUGCCAUAAAGCGUUUCCUUCAAGGGAGGGGUGGCUGAACUGAACAUCCCAGGCUGUUUAUCUCCUGAAAGUCUUGCACCACUGCCACCACUAGAGCCUAGUACCUGGUGGCUGCAUGCACGCCUCCCUCCCUCAGCAGCCUUGGGUACUUGGGGGCCUUUUGCUUGAGGGUCCCUGAGGCCUGAUGGGGGCAGUGGUCUUGUCUCCUGACACAGGCCUUUACCAUUUCUGAGGUUUGGAAAUUAAGCGGGUUCUGUGCGAUUUUUAGCACAUCCAUAUCUUUUCUACGUUGAAUGUCUGAAUCUUUUCUUUGUGUGUGUGUGCGUGCGUGCACAUGCGUUCGUGCGCGUGUCUGUGUGUGUAUAUGGCCAGAAUUUUGCAGGUGGUAGUUCAUAGGAAUUCAGAGUGGGGUGGUGCCCUGCUGCCCCAGAUCUUAGAUUUUUGUCUUGGGCUACCCUAGGAUGGAACUGUGCCUAAGAUCCUACCCUUAGCACAUGGUCUUUGCAUGAGGGAGCCUUACCCCACUCAGGAACAUCAGUGGGGAAGAGUCCUUGACACAUUUGGUUCUGUGGAGCCUUAGCCCAGUUAUAGGUACCUUGUAAAAGGGGAUCUCAAGUUGCUCAAAGAUGAACUAUGACCAAGAGCUGACCGGAGAUGUUUUUAUCAUCGAACAUCCUGUCCCUGGGCUUGGCCCAUAGGAACCAGAUGCUACAGUCUGUGCUUCCCUGCCAAGGGCUAUUGCUUAGGAUGACUUUAUGGAAACAAGAUCCUCAUGUCCACCAGAGAACAAAGCAGACCUCAGUGUGCUGGUUCUGAGAGACUUAUGAAGGUUCUGAGGACCAUUCCAGCAAAGCUUCACAGGGACCUACCUCCCUCAUAAGCGUCAGAAAUGGGCAGGGGAGCGGGCACAGUGUGGGGGCUGAGAAGCUUGCUCUGAGGGACCAGAGGACUGUUGGAGCCAGGUAGGCAGGUAAGGGAGGUAGUAAGGAAGAGAGUAAUCCAUAGUGGACUGUGCUUCAAGGUGUGUGUGCUUCAAGACUGGCAAGUGUUCUGUCAGAGUUGCCAGUGGGUCUUUUUCAGGUGGGGAAGCAUCAGAUACCCAGGGCUGGCAACUGAUGCCUAGCCUACUGCCAUUCUGAGACUGGCAGAAGGCCUGUGUGCUGGGCUGCCCAGGUCACCAACUAUUGUGGCUCCAGGAGCCAUACUCUGCUGGGGCCUGCCCAUCUAUUCUUACCUAUCCUCUGCAAGAUCUGGUUGUCCUCUGAGGUCUGACAGGUUGGCCUUUGCUGAGAUGUGUUCUUGUGGGAGACAUGCCCCCGCUCACCUCACAUAUUAGAGCCCAAAGGGACAGACAGUCCAAGUUCCUGGGAGGGACCUUCUGCCCCAGGACUGUCAUGGCACUUUCUGAGACCAGGUGCCCUCUGACCUGCCUUGUGGAGGUGGAAUUUAAUACUGUACAUUGUCUCAAUGCCUGUUUUUACUUUUUGUUUCACUAAGGGUUUUAGUUUGGGUGUAUUUUUCAUCUGAUUGGCACUAAUCCUUUUCUUAAGAUGCUGUGAGAACCAUUUCAUCCAAAUGCCAAAUAAACUUGUGUUCUGGAA